UCAUGAACAGUUGUGAAGUCAAAACCACCAGGAAAUUUAGCAGAUUUGAUUGCUUUUACUUUGGAUUUUUUGCAGCAGUUGCAUGCAAAUGUUAUAAAAUAUUUCUUGGCUUUUAUAUCCUUUGCCUUGGUUCUAUUAUAAUCUGUGACAUGCAGAGAUUUCAAGUCUUCACGAAAUGGUUUUGUCCACCGUUUGGUUAUUGUCUUAAGAUAAUCGAGAUUGCCUUUUCUGUGGAAUUUCCAUCUCGUGCUGUUAGUUUCAAACGGAAGAGGCGCUUUCUCGCCAUUAUACAGCAUAUCCGAAUGUGUUGUGUCCGCCAUAUUGCUUUAGACAGACGGCGCGUAACUAAGAAGGGCUCUGGGUAUGAGAAUGAGUCGUGGUUAUUUCUGUGGUUAUGAACACAAAUUGUGACGCCUCAAUAACUGAACUCACGCAUGCAAUGAGCAGGAAAGAUCGAAUUCGCACUGCGAAAUUGUUGAUCGGAUGACGCAGGACAGGCACGUCAAAAAUGACUAAUCAUGUGUUAUGAAAUGAAUUGAAUUCACUUCAAUUCUUUACACCCCGUCUUAAAGCCAAUAAUUCAAGCCUCGUACCCAGGCGCUUUAAUAAUAAAAUAUAUAAUGUUGCAUUCAGUUAUUGUAUAGAGGUCAGUUGAAUAAAGGCGAACGCGUGGGGGUGCUUGGGGUGGAUACAAUAACUGAAUGCAACAUUAGAUAUUUUAUUACUAAAGCGCCUGGGUACGAGGCUGCUGUUAUUCCCUAUUCGUUUGAUUAGACAGUCUACUGUUUUUUUCUUCGGUUUGAAGCAAGUUUAGCUAUAUACACUCUACAGUAUCACACUGUGCCAUAAAAUGGUUUUCAAAAAAAAGAAUUUGAAAGACAAUUUAGAUAAGUUAAUUUUAGCGAUGGUGCAGUGCGAGGGUGACAGGACUGAAGGAUGGCGAAAGCCUCACGGAUUUUGGGGGAAAGUGGCCAUUAAAUGUGGAUACGGAAACACGGAUAAAACGCGUAAAGCAAUGUAUAGGCUUUGGCGAAGAAAUGCGUGCAACAUAAGGGAAAAGUUUCAAGCCUUUGUAGCAUCUACAAAUGAAGCCGAGUCAAUUUGAAUGGGCAAUGAACUACGUUUUGGACAGUUUUGCUAGUUUUACUGUUUUUUCGUUUUCAAUUUACCUUAUUCUGCGUGUUGUAUCAAGAUCGUACUCUGUUGUAUUCAAGAAUGAGCAAAAAUAUCUUCAAAGUUCAUUUGUCAAGAAUGUUAAGAAACAUGAUUUGCGGAGAGAUAUGGGGUCUUAUGAAACUUAUCAAGCUGAAUUAAGCUCCAGAUACAGAAAUAGGAUAUACGCUGUUGUAUCGUUCAAGUCUCUGAUCACUCUCAGUCGCAACUAUAUAAAAAACAGUCUACUUUUGUUAGCUAAAAAGUAUCCUGUCCUUCAAGCCAGGUCUAAAAGCUAUUACAAUGCUCAUAUUUCUUGUAUAAAAAGGGAAUUUAUUGUCAAUCAUGAAGAAACAUUUGAUCCAGAACUAAGAUUUGUGAAUACAAGUAAUUGGAAACUGGUGCUAGAAGAAGAAUUAAUGGUAAAUAAUGAAAGAUCAGAUGUUGAACUCUUUUGGAAUGCCAUUGUUCUACGAGAACAAUAUGAGCCAAGAGACAAAAUGUACAUUAAUACUUUGUUGUUUCUAUUUGAUCCUGUUAUCAUUGAUCGGAUCUCCAUCGUAAAGUUCACGCAGGAAUUUAUCACCACGUUAUGUCAACUUGUUAACUGUGACAUUCAUAUUAAUACCACAAGAACAUCACAUUUACCUGUCCCAACGGAAGAUUACUUAAGACAGCCAUUUUUAUUGAGGAUAUUUUCAUUGUUAAAAGAAAUCAUCAUGGGUUAUGCUUGUAGUCGGGUUUCUAGCCAGCGGAAAGAUAGCCAAUGCAAAUUACGAUCUAAGCCUUUAAUAGUUAUGAGAAGUCUAUCAGAGGAAGAUACUGCUCGGCUGCUAGGAUAUUGUAGCAAAUUUAACUGUUCUUUGACAGCAUUAUUCAUUGCAGCAUGGUCCAGUGUUAUGUCUGGUCGUGUCAGUAGUAGUAAAGCUUUAUGUCAUAAAAAACCAAUAUCUAUAGUUGUAGACUAUCGACCGUUGAUGGAAACUGAUUUGUCACAGGCAUAUAUCAUUAGCAAUUGCAGCUCAUCUUUGCAACUUCAGUUAUUAUCUGAUCAAAAGAAAAAAUAAGGCAUUUUGGAUCAAGUGUUAGAUAUUAUGAGGAUCUGUUGCAGUCAGUCAUAAGGAAAAAGAAACACUUAGAUUUGAUAUGGCUGCAUAAGUAUCAAAGGGAAUGUUUUGGCAGAUUUUCACCUUUGGAAAUUGCAGACAUUGGAAGCUUUUGUUUCAAUGAAACAUGGCCGUUUUCUCUGCAUGAUAUUUAUAUUGGUGCAAAAACCACAUCAACUGUAAACUUGACUUUAUUACUUUUGAAUAACAAGUUAUAUUGUGGAAUGCAUCUAAACUCACAUUUUAGUGGUUGUGCAAAUUUGCUAGAUGCUUUGUUUGCUAGAAUAGUACAGAAAAUGUCAUUGGGAAUUUCACAUGGUAGUGAUUUGGUUAACACAUCAAAGAACGCACACUGGAGCAAAAACUUAUGAAUGUGAUAUUUGUAAGAAGAGAUUUUCACAUGGUAGUAAUUUGUUUAGCCAUCAAAGAACACACACUGGAGAGAGAGACCAUAUGAAUGUGAUUAAGAAGAGAACUUUUCAACUGUUUCCUAAAGUUAUCUUAAGUUCUUCUGUGUAAAUAGCAUUAAAUACUGCAUUUUAUUGAUAUUUUUGGAAUUAUUGUACUAAUUUUUGAUAUAAAGCUGGUUAAAAUCUUA